AAAUAAGAAAAAACGCACCGCUUCAUCCGGGCACUGCUUGUCAAACAUGGCGGACAAAAUGCCGAAAUUUACAAGUUGCAUGAAAUCUUGCCGAUAGAUUGUUAAAAUGAAAUUGAAUCCUUGCUUCAUUUAGCCAAUACAUUGACUUUUCUUACAUAAAUUAAGUAUAACUUAAUGAAAUGGAUAAAGAAUUAGAUGGUACUGGAAUAAAAGACGAACUGGUUGAAGAUGAGGAAGAAAUAGAGGAAGAUGUAACUGAUGAUGAUGAUGAGGGAGAUGAAGAAGAAGAAGAUGAUGAUGCUGAAGACGAUGACGGGGAAGAUGAAGAAUGGGAAUCUGAGGAGGAGGCCGAUGAAGAUAAUGAAGGAGAAGAAGGAGAAGAAGGAGAAGAUGAUGAUGAUGAUGAAGAGGAAAAUGAAGACGAAGGUGAAGCGGUGCUUGAAGCUAGUGACAGUGACGGAGAAGGUGGAGAAAGAUGCCCUAUCUGUUUAAAUAGGUUCAAAGAUCAAGAUGUUGGUACACCAGAAUGCUGUGACCAUGUUUUCUGUCUGGAAUGUAUCAAUGAAUGGUCAACGAAUGUGAAUACAUGCCCUUCAGACAGACAAGUAUUUAAGCUGAUUUUAUGCAGGCAUGGUGUUGAUGAUGUCAUUUAUAAGAAGAUCACAGUUGCUGAUGUUAACAAACAAAAGGAGGAGGAGGAAGAAGAGGCGGAGCCAACCUAUUGUGAGGUGUGUCAUGCAUGUGACAGGGAAGACCGCCUACUUCUAUGUGAUGGGUGUGACUUGGGUUUCCAUCUCGAAUGUCUGACUCCUCCCCUCAGAGAGGUGCCUGUAGAACAAUGGUUUUGUGCAAACUGUGCAAGAAGAGAUGGAGAAGAUGCUGAUUAUUUACCACAUGCAUCUCGGUAUAGAAGACAGAUUCCUCGUACCCUGGUCAGUGAGCGUGUACGUAGUGCAAUAGAAGAGAUACGAGUUAGACGGACACAGAGAAUGCAGCAGUUAGCCUCGUCAGAUGAAGAUGAGUUGGCUGAGAGUGAGAAUGAGCCUGAAAUGGAAGACACUCCCCCUGUAGCAGCAGCAGCAGCAUCAACUUCUAGUCCAGCUAAAAAAUCACCCAUUAAAAAACCUACAACAAAACGAAAAACUCCCAGAAAGUACAGGAGAAAGAAGAGAAAAACUACCAAAAGAAAACCAAGAACCACAAAGGGAACUUCCACAACAAAGACAAGAAAGAGGAAAACUACAAGGAAGAGAAAAACAAAAAGGAAAGGCAAAAAAGGAAAGAAAUCCAAGAGACUAGCUCGUACAGCUAGACCGGCAACUGUGACUUCUGUGAAGACUCGGAUAGCCGGGGCUCUAGGUAUAAUAAACCCUCCCCCAGGCCGUACUAUACCGAUUCAGAAGACAAAGCAAGAGAAGACGUUAGAUAUGCAGAGGACAGAUAUUGGAGCUUCUUCCCUCUCAAUAUUUGGACAUAAAGACCAAAUAAAUUUUUAUGAAGAUGAACAAGAUGAACCUAGUACCAGUACCAAUGCAACUAGUGGAUCAGGGGAAACCAGAAAAUAUUCCAGACUUGCUCUUUCAUCAUAUAAACCUAUAGGCCGGGUACCAACUCUUUUCCCUGUUAAAAAGAAGAAGAAGAUUGUGAUAAAUACAAUGCCAGGAGCUUCUGGUGGUAGCCUUGACCUUCUUGGUUCUAUCAUGCAAGAUCAGGAUAAAUUACGCCUAAGCAGCAAAAAUCUAGUUAUUCAGAGAGAUGGUUCCUUAACUGAGAAGCCUGGUGAUACACCUUUGAAAACUUCCAGCAAAACAUCUGACAUAAGUCCUAACUCAGGUUCUUCUCUAUUCAAAUCAUCUUUCACUGCUGUGGACAAGUCCUCUAGCAAACAACCAUCAGUUCUCUCAUCUCUAAAAUCUGAAUCAUCAGAAAAGAAUCUGCAAGAAGAUGAAGAAUAUGAUCCAGCUUUCCCAACUGAUGAAGUUGAUGAUGACAUGGAAAAUGGCGAUAAAGAUAAGAACAAGAAAGAAAGUGAGGACGAGUACGACCCUGCUCAUCCUACUGAUGAUAUCAGUUCUGAUGAAGAUAUUGCUGACAAGUCUAUAAGUAAUAUUGCAGAUAAUGAUAGUCAAGUUAAAGGUACAGAGGAAGCAUUUGGUGAAAAAACAAAGAAGACUUUGGAAACAAUACAUGUUAAAAACGAAUCAAGGAAAGCUCCAAGUGAGGAACCUUGUGUGAAAGUAACAGGUUUGACAGAAAAAUCUUCUGGCAAAAGUGAAAAGGUGUCAAAAUUAAAAGACUCCGCUAUUUUUAGUGAUAUUGAACAAGAUAAAUGUAGCGUUAAGAGUAAAGAUAAGUCUUAUGUUGAAAAGAAAGAUUCUGAUAAAAAGACUAGUCCUGAAAUUUCAUUGUCAAAACAAGAGAAAGCACCUGAAAAUUCUAGCUCAAUAGAGAAAAAGGAAAGCCCAAUUAAGAAAUCUCCUAGCAUAAAAAUUACUGAAUCAAACAAAAAAUCUUCAGUAAAACCAUUUGAAAUAUCAAGAAAAACACUAUUUGAGAAACGUAGGUUGUACGGUGGGGAAAUAGAUUUUUCAGAGGAUGUAGACUUUAGUGAAGGUGCUUUUCCAGAGACAUUCGAAUUAAGUGUGAAAAGAAUUGAAGAAGUUUUUAAAGGUACUAAAAGUAAAUUAGAACCAAAACCUGUUGAAACAGAAGUGUCAAAGGAAGAAACUGGAAAAUUGGAGAAGGAAAACAUUCAAAAAGAAAAUUCUGAGAAAGAUAAAUCAGACAAAGAUAGCCAAGGAAAGUCAGAUAAGGAAAUCACCACUAAAGAAACGAAGGAGAGCAAAGUUGUUCAAGAAGAAAAAAUUAAAAUUAAAGUUGAAAAAGAAAGUAAGGAAAAGUUAAAGUUUACAGGGAAAUUUAAACCUAUCAGUUCUAAUUCAGAAGAAAACGUAGGGACAACAAAAAUUUCAGUUAGUGAUAGAUUUAAAAAACUUAGUACAGAAAGAACUUCUCCUGAAAUAUCAAACUUGGAGGAAGAAGAUCCUAUACAUGAAAUGAGGAAGCUAGAUAAAGAAUUAGACCUUGAAUUUGGUAAUGCAGACUUUAGUAAAAAGAAAGAAAAGGAUAAAGAAACUAGAAAAAGUAAAAGAAAAGUCAGUUUAGAUGAAAAUGAAGGUGAAAAUGUUAGACAUAGAAGGGAAUCAAAAGAAAAUCGUGAAAAGAGAAAAACAGACUCUGAUUAUAAAUAUGCUUAUGAAGAAAAGGAGGAAGGUGAAGUAGAUGAUGAGUACAGACUUAAAGACAAGAAGAAACGGGAUAAGAAAAAGCGAAAAGUUGACAAAGAAAGAGAUAAAUAUUAUGAGGAAAAAGGUGAAUCUGAUUUGGACAGAAGAAUAGUGAUUCAGGUAACUCAAAAUAAUGAUGAUAGAACAGUAUGGGAAGAAGAGGAGAGACAAAGGAAAAAGCGUGAUAGGGAAGAAAGAAGAAGAGAUAAGGAAAAAAUGAAGGAAAAUGAAAAAGACAGUAAAAAGGAUAAAAAGCAUAAAAGACUUCGAUCACGAAGUAGAUCUCAUGAUAGAAGGAAUAGAUCUAGAUCUAGGGAUAAAAGAAGAUCAAGAUCUAGAUCCAGAGAUAGAGAACGGUCUAGAGAUAGAUCACGUCGAAAACGUAGAGACAGAAGUAGGUCUAAGUCGAGAGAUUGGUCACAUGAUAGAUCAAGAAAAAAGAAGAAAAGGGAAAGAAAUAGGAGUAGAGACAGAGAAAGGGAGAUAAGUAGGGAUUUAAGUAGGGAAAGAGAAUGGAGUAAGGAUAGAGAUUGGAGCUCAGAAAGAGGUAGAGACAGAAGCAGAGGGCGAAGUAGAGAUAGGAAGAGAAGUAGAGAGCAUUCAGAGGAUAAGGUAGAUAUUUUUGGGAGAUCUAGAAGUCCUUUUACCAGAAGAGAAUUCCUCAAAGAAAAGCAAAAUCUGACUCCUAGAAAGAAACCAAGGCAGCAUAUAGAAGAUGAUGAUGAUGUGAUUUUGUUAGAUUCUCCUCCUCCAGCUAAGAAACCAACAUAUGAUGAAGUGUCUUCUAGUGAGUCUGAAAAAGAAAUUCAGACAGAGACUAAAAAAAUAGAAACUAUAUCGAGAAUUGAGGUAAAAAAUAUUAGUGCUAGAGAAGCCCCUGCUUCCUUUGUAGAGGCUGAUGACAAAGAGGAAGAAUUUGAUAGUGAGCCUGAAGAAACUGAGCAAUUUCAAUAUACUGACAGGGAUGAGUUUUUAGGGCAAAAUAAAAGUAAGCAGAUGAGACAAAAUUUGAUAACUAUCGGUGUAAGUGGCAAUGAUUAUGAUCCUGCAAAUCCCACUGGCGCUUCAAGUCCGGCUCCUCCGCCUUUGCCAGAACCCAUGUCAGUGCCAACUCCUCCAUUACCCCCCAGUGGAGAUUUUACUCAGUUUCCGCCUCCACCCCCUGGUCCUCCACCACAAGGCCCACCGCCUGGGAGUGUAAUUCUUCAGGAACGCCCCCCUAUGCAUGUUCAAGCAAGUGCACCACAAGGGCCUGGCAUUCUUGGUGAGGGUCCUAUUAUUCUGCAGGGGCCUCCACCGCCUAUUGAGGCAGGUCCUCCAGGCAUAAUCCAACAAAGACCUGCUAUGUCAGUACCAGUAAAUAUCAAUGUUUUGCCUCCAGGUUUUCACAGAGGACUGCCUCCAACAAUUACUUCUCAGAGGCAGCUUAUUGUUAGCCCUUUGCGUCCAGGAGCACCAAGACUUCAGAGACUGGCAAGUCCUGGAGGUGUACGCUUUGGUUGGCAGGUUACAACAACUUCAGAAGUGAUCCCUAGUCAGUUUGGAUCAAGAAUACCUUCCCCUGCUGGUAUACCAGGUCACCCUAUGAUGAAUGGUCCUUUUGAUGGUCUCCCCCCACCUCAUUCAGAAGCCCUUCCUCCACACAAUUUAACACCAGGUCAUCCACAAUUUCCUCCCCCCUCAGUAACACUAGGGGAACCUCCUCAUUUGCUAACUAUAAAGACUGAUACUCCUCCACCAAACAUUGUUCAGAUCCCUGUAGAGAUGAAUGAUGCACCUAGACAUUUACCACCACCUGGGCCAGAACCUCAAUUAAUUCAUCUAGGUCCAGAUCCAAGAGCCCCUCCCCCUCGUUUACCAAUACCAUUGUUACCAUCUGUAUCAGAACCUCCCCCAAUGUCAGUAAUGGUUUCAAUCCCUCCUCCUAAUUCCAGUUUAAUGUCAAUACCACCACCUGGUACAAUUUUGUCAGAUCCCUUCCAGAGAUCAGGCACUCCUCCAAAUUCAGUCUCAGCAAUUCUUGGUUUGGCUCGAAUGGGUUCAGGCACAAUGCCAGUAGUAUCUUCUGCAAUGUUACCUGGACUUUCUUCUUCGGCAUCAAUGGUAAAUGGAGACAGUCUGAAUAAUGGAAAUAAAUUAAAAUCGGAAGGAACUAUACAUGAAUUAGAGAAAAUAAGUGAGCUUCUAAACACACAGGCUCAUUUAAUGGUUAUUUCUAAGGAUGGACGACACUCUAGUGAUAAAAUAGGUAAUAAUUCAGAUAAAUCUGGAAUACCCAUGAAAGCAGAGGAUGUUUUCAAAGUGCCACAAGUGCCAAUAGGAAAGUCUGGCGCUAAACCUGAUGUAGAUGCUACUGAAGUUAUUGAUAUGGAUAUGGGUUCUCCAAUUAAUGAAGAAGGAAAUAUUGAGUUACCAGUGUCACCUCAGUUUGAUAAUCUAAUUGAUAAUCCUGAGGACUUACUGGAAGAAGAUUUCAAUAAAAAGAUGCAAAAACUACAUGAAAAAGUUGAAAAAGAGGUAGUUAAGGACAAAACAUUAACUCCAACUAAGAAUAAAGAUGUGAAAGAUUUAGAAAAGAAAGACUCUCCAUUUAAGAAUAAGGAUGAGAAACGUAAACGCUCAUCGAAGGAGAAUAAACAUGAAAAAUCUUCACAUAAAUCACACAGGCACAAAACAAAAGCAAAACCAGACAAGGAUUUGAAAGAGAAAGCGUUGAAGGAUGCACACUUAGAUCUUGAUACUCAGGAAGUUCCUUCAUCUGCGGUGGAUAUGACAAUAAAAGAAAAGUAUCUUAAAAAGCUGCAUUUACAAGAACGUGUUGUAGAAGAAGUCAAGAUGGCAAUCAAACCGUUCUACUCGGGAAAGAAAAUCAACAAAGACCAGUACAAAGACAUUCUCAGGAAAGCUGUCCCUAAGAUCUGUCACAGCAAGAGUGGGAACAUUAAUCCAAAUAAGAUAAAAAGCCUUGUGGAAGCUUAUGUAGAGAAAUAUACAAAAUCUAACCACUCUCAUGAUGAAACUUUUCCCUCACCGGAGGUUAAUGGUGAUAGUGCCAAAACAAAAGUGACACGAUGAUGUUUGUCUUGUUGUUAGUGUAUUCACUAAAUGUGAAAAUUUCAUAUUAGUGGUAUAGAAAAAAUGUGAAGAUUUAAAUAAAAAAUGUGAAAGUAGUGAAAUGUGAAAAUGUAAUGUAUGUUCAAGACAGCUUAUUGUUAUAAACAAAAUGAAUGAAAAAUGUGAAUUUUAAUAGUACAAUAAUUAUAAUUAGAGAAUAAUUGUGUGUUUUAUACGCAAAAUGAAGAAUUUUUGCUGAAAUAUGAAGGGGUUUUUCCACAACAAUCGUAGUUAUAUGAGUAAUGUGGUGAAAUUUAGUUUUGUUGUUUGAAAAUAUAUGUUUAACUAUUUAACAUGAAAACUACAUGUUAUAAUUUUUAUCAGCAGCAUCUAUGUGUAAUUUGCUGAAUGAACCAUUAAAUGGGAUAUUGAAAAACAAAAUAAUGAUACGAUUCAGUUUUCAUAUAUAUUUGUUUGGUUUUGCCAUAUUUUUCUGUAAAGGACUUUUUGUAAUUUAACCUUUAUGAUCAUUUUCAUAUUUUAAUACAAAGAAAUGUCUCGUUAUUCGUUGUGGAGAUAUUUUUUAUCACUUAUUAGCUAAAUAUCUGAAAUGAACUUGUCCAUUUUUCAAUCUGGACUAAAUCUUUAUCACUUAUUUAAGGGAAAAUUUCAAAAUACACACAGAUGAAUAGCAGCGAGGGAAGAAACUUGUUAUACAGGUAAAUUCAGUGGAUGCCAGCAGUUUAACAAUUAUUUUAUUUCAUGAAUAACUGAAUUUUUUAUUUUACGUUUAGAACUAUAACACACUUUUAUCACAAUUUUCAUUUGAUGGGUGAAGGACUGUAAAUCUUUCUUAAAGAUUUCUUUGAGUUAUUGCCCUUUAGUGAUAUUGGAACAGCAGAUACUGUAGUGAAAAUGUUGGCUGGAUUUAUAUGUGCAAGCAAUAUUUUUUGUUAGACUAAAUCUAUGAAAAUAUGAGGCGAAAUUAAUGAAAAUAUGUUUUCUAUUUUUAAAUUUCAAAUAAAUUAUUUAAAUAUCAGCAAAUAAUGAAAAUACUUGCACUGUACAGAGUCAUACUGUACAGUAUACAAUUGUUUUGCAGCAAUAUCUUCAGAUACUGUGUCAUUGAUAAAGAUUUUGAACAUUUUUAGCAUUUUUGUAGACAUUUAUUUUACAUUCUGUUGAAUGGGAUACGGUUUAUCUUCCUUUGAAGAAAUAUAUAAAUGUAAUGCAUUUAGGUGAUUAAAGCGUGGGCUGAAGAUGAUUGCGGAUGUUAUGUAAUAUAUUUUUGCUUCUAGAAUUUUUUUCCUCAUUUUUUUUAAAUGAGUGAUUUCUUAAGAAAGAUUGUGUGGUUAUUUUUUUUGUAUAUGUCAAUAGUGUUAUUAUAUAUAGACUGUAAAAUAUACGCGUGUCUCAUUGUAUAUUGCCAGUGGUGCUUGCAGAAUACUUUUUAUGAUAUUUGUUAUGUAUUGUCUAUUAUUCUUGUCUUUCUGUUGCUCCGCUGCUUUAGAAUUUUUUUUCUUAUUAUGAGCUGAAAUCUGAAAAAAACGUAUACAUUGUAUAAAAUUAUGCAAAAAGAUGGCCAAUUUUUUUUAAAAGCCUGUCUACUUUAUUAAUCCCAUAACCAGUGAUGAUUAAUUGAGAAAUGGCAAUUUUUUUAAAGUACUUUCUAAUUUUUUUAGUGUUUUAGGUUUUGCUAUGUUAAUAAUAUGUUUAUUAUUAAUAAAUUUAAACUGCCCUGUAUGAAGUCAUAUAACACCUAAUCCAGCCUCGUUUCAAAAUAUUUCGAGUCAUUAAAAACGGACCUUAUUUCUGUAUAUGUAAAUUUCAUGGUAUUCAAGGGAAGUAAUCAUGAUAUUCAAAAUUAGUUCUAGAUAAAAGUGCAGAAGAAAGUAUUGCCUCCCUUAUUAUACCACUACACAUGUAUAUUGUACUGUGAUCUGUCAGUGCACUUCAUUGUCAGAAUGCUGAUGUUUUUAUCAUACCCAUUUGUAUUAUAUGAUCAUGGAAAAUAAAAUUUUCAAAAUGAGA